AAAGCAUCAAUUGACCAUCAUUUGCUGCGUAAGAUGUCAUCAUUGCUCCAUCGGUCGGGCCUCUUCAUCGCGUGCUAUCGUACGUUGUCUCCAGUAGUGUCCUUUCCCCGCAUGAUUGACACUCGCAUUCGCACUGGGUGGACUGGCGGUAUAAACUGCCCUGCACACUAG